AGCAGCAGCGCUCAUCAGAUAAAUUACCGGAAUGGAUGGAUUAUAACCCAAGUACAGAACGCAAGCCUGUAAGGCAGCUUGACGCAAUACCUCCAGCACCCCCUCCAGGCUUCUCCAAUGAUUUGGAAGCGUGGAAGUCGGAUAUGAAAUUACGUGAUAAGAACAUGGAGGCGAAUGGAUCAUCACAACCACCGUUGCACGGAAAGGGUAAGUGCAGAUAAUCACUAUAUCAGGGGCUGAAGGCUAUGGAAACAAAGCAAUAAGAAAGAAAGAACGGAAAGGCUAAAAAUUUCGCUCACCAUAGAUGGCCAGCCAAAGAAGGACGUCAGCGAUCUCGACAUGCUGCUUGGUGGCAUGAGCUCAAUCGAUUUGCAUAAACCUCAGCAGCAGCAAUCCGGCGGAAUGGACUUUCUUUCGUCAUCCGUGCUCGAUUCACCCUCACUACCCGGUCGCCGUGAACGUGGUUCUCGGUUCGCCAAGUUCUUUGCGAAGCGCGAGGAGGAAGCUACCACGCCUGUGGUCGAGGAACUAACAUCACAGCCACCCACGGUUCCAGUUCAGGGCAAGUCUAUCAGCAUAAAUGAUUUGUUUGGUAGAAAUCUUCCGCAGACACCACCACAGCAACAACAACGGCAGCAGCAGGGCUCUAGCGAAGUGAAGGCGUCAUUUUCCCAAGGCCCUCCAGCUCCUGCUCCUGCUCCCCGUAUGCUCUCAGAAGAAGAAGUUCUCCAGAGCUUAGGUGCCAAAAGAUCACCUCAACAACACAAGGAGAAACCUUCAGCGGAGGAUGCAAUGGGCUUUGACAAGGUACUACAAAUCCUCUCCCAGCCAAAGCCUACAUCACCGUACGACAUCAAGAAGGAUGAGUUCGUAGAACAACAAGAAUCUGGCGAACCUGUUAUGGUAGCUGCAGAAACACCUAAGCAAGAACAGCACAAUUUUGAAGAAAAUGUAUACAUGUCGUCGCCUAAACCGCCCUUUGAGCUGUCACAGCAACAACGUGCAUCCCCUGUAAGCGCUGCGAUACCGACGGCGACGCACGAAGAAGCGACUGUAGCAUCUCCUGUGCGAACACCAGCAGAAAAGCAGCACAUGCGGACGGAUAGCACGGAUAGUGCCCAGGCUCAGAAGCCAAAGCUCGUUGGCAAGGCAUUUGCAGGAAACCUGCCCACAUCCGUACUACGUCAAAUGAGCGCACGAACAUCUGAAGGUCGGUCACCAUCCAUCGCCUCUAGUAAAUCGGCGAACCGAUCGUUUGCAGCUGGUAGCUCGUCGGCUGGCGGAUCGCCUGCCUUGUCGAACCACUCGCCAUCAGCUAUCAAGAGUGGCAUCCCAAUGGUAUCUCAUCAGCAAUCAAAUUCACCUGUCCAACAACUCUCAUAUACGUCUAAUGCGUAUCAGCAGCCACAACAACGCAUGCCUGCCACUUCCCCAGGCUAUCCCUUGCCAGGACACAGUCCUAUUGUGGAUCCGAUUGCAGCAGCAGGUGCCCCUCCUCUUGGUCGCCAGCCCCGAAAUUUGGAGCAAUUGCUUCAAUAUGGCGUUGCUACUGCAGCUGCUGGUAAUGGCGGUGGUGGUGAUAAACUUUCACCUCCAGUUAUGCCACGUUCCGGUAUGAAUGGUAACGGACCUAUGAUGGGCCCACACCAUCCUCAUCACCAACCCCAUCACCCUCCUCAUCCUCAUCAUCCGUUCCAAGGUCAAGGAGGCAUGGAACAAUUCAUUCCUCCGCAUUUGAUGCAGCCAAUGCCGCCGCAUAUGGGACCUGUUGGACCUGGCCCCAUGCUUCAGCCACACCACCUUCCGCCGCAGCUUCAAGGACAAGCCCCUCACCAAUUCCCUCCCAUGCAGCGUGAAAUGAUGACACCACCUACCAGCGACCAUCCUGCCUACAUGGGUAACGUUCCGCCUCCACACAUGAUGGGUAACGGGUUGCCUCCACAUUUGUUUGCAAAGAGUCAAGGAUGGGACCGGCACUGAAUUUGUUAAAUUUGUCUAGAACGUGUAUGUUGAGGAAACUUUAUUUUAUUACAACGGUUCAAAGGCAACAGUACAAAUUUUCGAUCCAGAGUG